AAAUACUGCCCACUACCCCAAGGACUCGGUCGAUUUUUGAAGAAAGUCUUUGUUCAUUCAUGCGUCUCAGAUAAAAUCACAGAGAGAGAGAGAGAGAGAGAGGGAGGGAGAAGGAGCUCAGAUAGAAGAGAGGAGAGGGAGAGGGAGAGUGAGCGGGAGCCAGGAAAAGGGUUCAUUCGCAACUCUAAAAACCAUGGAUUUCUUUGAUAGAUAGCUAAAAUCUUCUGCCCGUUUGGCAUUUCAAUCCAAUUCUGUUCUUCCCCGUUCUUCUGAUUAUCUGGGUCACUAUUGUCCCUGAAAUCUUCGGAUUUUUCGGUGAUUUAUCUAUCCAUUUUUUGCUCCGGUGAUUUUAUCGUUUCGAUUUUACCUGGAAAACUUCAUUAAGUUGCAAUCUCGAUGAGUUGGCACAGAAGGGUCUAUCCUCAAUUAUCUUCUUCAAUUGUUAUCUGAAUUUCUCCCCUAAAGAACUUGCUUUUGGGGAUAACCGUUGGUGAAUUAUUUGUCAUCUGAGACUGAUCGUUUUUUUAUGUAUCGGUUAGUUAGUUACCUCUUCGAGAAUGAUGGCAUGUUCUCGAACUGAAUUGGACUAUUCAAAAUUUUGGUGCAGAUGAGUAUUUGAAUGGGCUAUUGUUCAAUAAUUUGAUUCCACUUUAGCACAAUCAAAUCAGAUCAUCACAGGCUUUGACAUUUUUUUCAUCUAGAGUUUGUGGUUGGUUGCUGUUGGAUUGUAUAUCUUUAGGCGGUUUGAUUGGGUUUCAUUUGAUAUUCUACUCAGAUUUUUGUUGUGAAGUGUGAAAUUGCUAUCAUUCUUGGACCUCAAAUUCAAUUUAUUGAUAUGUGCAAUAGUUAAGCAUUUUUUUUGUCUCUUGAGGAAGAAGAGGACAAGCCAUGGCUCUUUCCUUCCCUAGAUUUUCAUGGUUGUGGUUGGGUGGGAAAGAGAAAGAGCAGAAUGGAUCAUUGAUGAAUCCAAUAAAUUCUUUGGGAGAUUGGGGCUUAGGAUUGAGAGGCGAGGGGGAAAGUUUGAAGAUUAAUUCAAUGAAGGAGGGUGAUCGAAGAGUGCCCUCUUCGAGCUCGAAUAGGAAGGUGAAGAGGAAAUGGAAGAGUAGGGAAGAGAGGAGCAGGACAAUGGAUAAAGAAUAUGAUGUUGUUUUGGUGCCUUCUGAUGGGGUUUGCUUAUCAGGGUCUGAAUCCGAUGACUCAGACUGGUCGAUCGGGUGGCUGGAGCCCCACGCCCCUGAUUUCCAGAGUGAUGAUGAGGCUGAUGACAGUUUUGCUGUUUUGGUCCCUUGCUAUAGGCAUGACUUUAGGAAAGUAAAGGAGAAUGAAGAGGAGCCGAGUAAUCUGUUCUUGAAUGCUGUUAGGAACCUUCCUGUUCAUUACUCUGCUGAUGGCACAAAGUACAUGGAGAAAUGGCUCUCCUCUCUCCAGAAUUUUUGAAGUCACAACAUGGCUCAGAUGUGCUAAUUUGCCUUUGUUGAAGGGAAGCAUCAACUUCUUAGCUUAGAACAUAAUGAGGAGAGGCGUUGGAGACGAACUUGUUUGAGAUGCGGAGUUCAAAAAUAAGAGCAAUCACGCUCAUCAUUGCCACAGGUCUUUAGAAGAUACACACGAGUCAUGGUACAGUUUUGAGGUUAUACAUCCGCAUAACUGUCGUAUCUGCCAUGGCCUCGAGGAACUUCUAACGUAUAUUUGCUUGAUAUGUGUAGUGUAAAUACUGCAAUCGCGAGUAUUGUGUAAAAUGUUCAUAUUUUCGACUUCUUGCACUAAACAAGUUCUGGCUGCCCCUGGACUUUUGAACUAAUGUAACACAUCUGUAUAUAUAAUGGUUUUCACUUCUAUUUCCCA